UAUAAUGACAAUCCCACCUCUUCACGCAGUUAUUCAUAUACUCUUUCUACUCCACUGAGCCAGAUCCUGGGGUUCCCUUCACGCAAAACCAAGCCAGAUUAAUCCUCUUUUUUUCCUUCAAGAAAUAUGGGUUUGCAGGAGGACUUUGAGGCGCAUGCGGAGAAAGCUAAGACCCUGCCUGAGAAUACUACCAAUGAAAGCAAGCUUAUUUUAUAUGGACUCUACAAACAGGCCAUAGUUGGGCCUGUGAACACACCUCGUCCUGGUGUGUUCUACCAGAGGGACAGGGCAAAGUGGGAUGCAUGGAAGGCAGUUGAAGGAAAGUCGAAGGAGGAAGCAAUGAAUGAUUACAUCACCAAGGUGAAGCAGUUGCAGGAAGAAGCUGCUUCAUCCUGAAAAUUUCAAGCUUCUAGAUACUGCUGCAGAAAGCUAUAUGGUCCAGUAGCUUUCUGAUUUCGUGCUUUCAUUAUUACUUAUUGUCUGAACUUAAACUUCUUGUAGUGAUUCUGUUACUUGGAAUCACUACGAAGUAAAUAAUGUGACGUUUAUCUGGUACUGUAGUUUUAAACCACUCCAUGUAGGUGUUCUUGACUAUGGACUGCCCACUUCAUGUAACUUCUUAGCUGUCUGCUGCGUUAUCCUUGAAAUGAAGGAAAUCUAUGAAAAUGAUGAAUUUACUAAA